GAGGGCGGAGGGAUCAAAACAUAAACAGCCACAGAAGAGCACGCAGGCGGAAGGGAGAGAGACCUGUGUGUUACAUCUGCGGCCCGGGGCUGAAUCUCGAGGAGAGCACAUUUAUAUCCCACAGGUGUAUCAAACACAAUGGAAAUAGAGACACCAAGUGACAUAAAUGCUAAUGUAGCUAAUGUAGCGAAUGUAGAGUCUGAUUCUGAACUAAGUGGAGCAGAGCAAAUCAAAUAUGAAGAAAAUGGAAAUGUGGCAGAAUCUUCUCUUACUGAAGCCAGACUUCACGCCAAAGCAAAGCGCCGCCUGAGGAAAAAUUCCUCCCGGGACUCUGGGAGAGGCGACUCCGUCAGUGACAAUGGGGAAAGCGCGCGGGGAGUUCUGCCCACGAGUCCAAAGGCAAAACUUAUGGAUAGAAAAUCCCGAACUGGAAAAGGAAGAGGCCUGCCAAAAAAAGGAGGAGCUGGGGGUAAAGGAGUGUGGGGGACACCCGGGCAAAUUUAUGACGAAGAAGUUGUUGAUAUCAAAGAUCCAAAUUAUGAUGAGGACCAGAAGGCUGAAUUCCUGCUGCGUCCUUGGCAGCCACGCGCCUGCUGUGGGAGCAUCAAAGGGAGUGACCAGGAGAGCUGCGUCUAUGAGACAACUGUCCUUCCUCUGGAUGAAAAGUCCUUUGAGAAAUCGGUCACCCCAAUUGUGCAGGAAUAUUUUGAACAUGGGGAUGCAAAUGAAGUUGCAGAAAUGUUAAAAGGUUUAAACCUUGGUGAAAUGAAAUGUGGCCUGCCGGUGUUGGCCGUGUCCCUCGCUCUGGAAGGGAAAGCCAGCCACCGGGAAAUGACAUCCAAGCUUCUCUCCCAUCUCUGUGGGACCCUACUUAGCACUGAGGAUGUAGAACGUUCAUUCGACAAACUCCUCCAGGAGAUGCCGGAACUGGUUUUGGAUACACCCCAAGCUCCACAGUUGGUGGGCCAGUUUAUUGCCAGAGCUGUUGGAGACGAGAUCCUGAGCGCCACUUACUUAGACGGCUACAGAGGGACAGUGGACUGCGUUCAUGCUCGUGCGGCGCUAGAUCGGGCAGCAGUGUUACUGCGUAUAACAAAGGGAGGGAGAAGAAGAAUAGACAGCGUUUGGGGGACUGGCGGAGGGCAACUGCCAGUUAAUAAGCUGGUUAAAGAGAUUGACUUGCUGCUGAAAGAGUUUGUGCUCUCUGGGGAUGUUGUGGAAGCGGAGCGGUGCCUACAGGAGCUCGAAGUCCCUCACUUUCACCAUGAACUCGUUUAUGAAGCAGUGCUGAUGGUUUUGGAAGCCAACGGUAACAACACAUACAAAAUGAUGCUUAGUUUGCUGGAAGCCUUGUUGAAGUCGGGCGCUAUAACAUUGGACCAAAUGAAAAGGGGCUAUGAUCGAAUAUAUCAGGAAAUUCCUGACAUUAACUUGGAUGUGCCCAAGGCGUAUUCCGUACUGGAGCGAUUUGUGGAGGAUUGCUUUAAAGCUGGAAUUAUUUCCAAACAAAUAAGAGACCUCUGUCCUUGCAGAGGCAGAAAGCGCUUUGUAAGCGAAGGAGACGGAGGGCGUCUGAAAAGUGAGAGCUACUAGCAAGGAGCAGUCUCGCUGUGAGGAGGAGGAGGAAGGAUUUCGAUGGUGGUUUUAUACAUACAAGGUGUAAAUGUUAUGGAUACGGAGCCUUUCUAUAACAGUUUUUGAUAUCUCACAGAUUCAGGGUCAGGGACGUGGGCAUUUAGAUACAAGCUGCUCCCCCCAGCAGGGGAGAAUUGGGUAUUAGCUGCCCCCCCUGAAGUGCCAUUUGCUUACAGUCUAAUCAUUCCAUGCUCUGCACUUGCGCACAGCACUCUGACUCUCACACUGAUCAUUAACACAAAGCUUUAUAACACGGGAGGGUACCCUAUGUGCCCCCGGCUGGGAGUUGUAGUUAAACCGCAGCUAGGAGGCUACAGCUUGUGUGUAUCUGAUUGAACCCCUCCGGGGCUGCUGCUUUUUAAUACCCGGUCUUUGAAAGUGGAUACAAAUGACCUACAGUCGCAACUGUUUUGUAAACGUCAAUCAUAAAGGGGGAAGGCGGGAAUGAAUCUUUUGUUCAGAAUACGGUGGCUGGAACAUCUAUUUUUCUACAGAAACAAAAUAACUGGAAAAUCUAAAUUCUGCUGGAGUGUGAAUGUGCAAAAUAAAUACAAAUAAAUAUUC